AUGUUCCGGAAACGUUCUCAUGUCCGAGGGGAGCAGACUUUCAGGGAGCCAGCGGGACUGGCGCACAUAUUCUCACUCUCCCCCCGUGCUCGUGUCUUUGUUGCCGCCAAACAGCCAUCCGCCCCGGAUGAUAGGCGGGUUGUCUUCUCUGCGGGUGGGGCAGAGUUUUCCCUCGUUCCCUUCCCCGCACCCACUUCAGAGAAUCAGAGUCCGUGUGGCAGCUGUCUCAAACCCACGCACGUGCGGCACAUCGAGCGGCACUUGUCUUUCUCCCCCCCCCCCACCUCUGAUGACCUAUCAUCUUCUCAACUCGACCCUGAAGGCUGCGCGCAUAUUCCCCCCAUUCUCUCCCCAUUGCUCCCCCCUGACCCCCUCAUUCAGCUGGCGGCGGCUCAUUUCCUCUCGUCUGGAUCCGUACUGUGGGACAAGCCUCACGGUCCCGUCCCUGUCACCGCCAAGAUCGUGCAAUCCGCAAACGACGCCGCGUUUUGCGGGGUUCCGUCCGACCUCCUCUUUUGUCUCCAGAGCGGCGGCUCGGCGCGCGUUUCUGUCUCUGCUGCUGCUGCUCGUGGCAACCGCACCUCAGCAACAGCGACGAGGUUCGGCGCAGAGGCGAAUCUAGUGCCGCCGCGCCCGCAGCCGUCACGUUGGGCGGCAGCGGGGGGAGCAGCCUCCGACCGACUCUCCAGCGCUGUUGCUGGAGCGACGGGGGAACUGCGGAGGCUCCUCAGCGGCGGCGGCGGCGGCGGCGGCGGCGCCGGCGGCGGCGGUGGCGAUGGGAGCACCCGCACGUGGAUGGCGUCACGACUCCGAGCCGCGGGUGUGAACCUGAAGAGCCGGUGGACUGCCAUGGUCGGCGGCGGUAGCGGCGGGAGAGGUGGAGGUGGCGGUGGUGCGUUGUGGCGACGACAGGCGAUACCAAUUGACGACGACGAUGCCGCGACGGCCGCGCUGGUGACUCCCAUUCCCCGCCCCGCGGCUGCCGCGACGAUCGACAUCAGCGCUACGUCAGCAGGAGGCGCGCCGUUUGAGGCGCGCGGAGAGGCCGUGAACGCAGCAGGGGGGGUGGGGAUACGAGAGGGGCAGGAAAGCGCCAAGGGGGGUGCGGAGAUUCCGAGACCGUAUUAUGCGGAGGAAUUGAGGGAUGGCGCGGAGCAGAACGGCGAUGGACGGCGCGGCCCGUUGAAAUCAAUGGACUCGUCGCGGUCGCACGAUGCAACGCCGCACGAAAAUGCGUCGCUUGAAACCUCGCAUGACUCAUCGCACGAUGAGUCGCAUGGCGACGUAUGGGACGCGGAAGCGGACCCCAUGAUGCGCGCGCGCAUAGUGCCUGGCGACGAGCUGGACGCGGCGCUUGCGCACAUGGACAUGCGGCGGCCCGUGAUGGUGAAUUUAGCGAACGACGCGUUCCACGCGAUGCUGCUCAACUGGUGGUUCCACGUGUCGGAGACCGCAAGCAUCCCGAACGUUCUCGUCGGCGCGCUGGACCGAAGCACCGCCGAGUUAUGCAGGCAGCGCGGCAUCCCGCACGUGCAUCUGCGCACGGGGCUCCCGUCAGACGACUUCCGCGCGGACGCGGGCACGUUCCAGCGCAUGGGCGUGUGCAAGACGGCGCUGCUUACAGCGCUGCUAGAGCGCGCACGCGACGUGGUGCUGUCGGACACAGACGUGGUGUGGCUGCGCGACCCCUAUAACGAGCUGUACCUGGGGGCCAUGCGCCAUGCGGAUGUCAUGGUGUCCUCUGACUCGCUCUCGCAUGCUAAUGACGAGGCCAGCCUGCAUGUGGAUCCACUGAACAACACGGGCGAGGAGGGGGCGUGGUACCGGGGGGCGACGGCGCGGGGCAAGGAGGUGUUUGGGAACGCGUACGAGCACGCAUUCAACACGGGCGUGCUGCUGCUGCGAGCACGCCCCCACAUGCUGCAAUUCGCCCUCGCCUGGCACCACGCCAUGAGGACCAAGGGAGCGAGCGAGGGGUGGGAGAGCCUGUGGGGCGACCAGCAUGCGUUCAACCUGCUGCGUUACCAGAUGUUCCCCAUCCGCGUCGUCACCUCUCCCCUGCACCAACCCACCACUGCCGCUGCUGCCACCACCACAGGGAGCUCUCAGCAGCAAGGCGUCCUCCCCAUCUCCACCCCGCCCUUCUUCCCUCUCACACUGGCCCGCCACCAUGGGGAGCAGCGGUCAGCACACAGCACAACAAACAGUGCAGAGAGCGGUGCGGUGGAGAGCAGUGCAGCAGUGGCGGCGAGCAACCUACACAACACGUUCCAGUUCCACCACGCGCUGGGCAAGGCUGCUCGCUUCCGAGAGGCUGGGCUGUGGGCCGUGGACCCCCCCGAGUACUACGAGGAGGGCAACUACCUGAGCAUGGAGUACAGCACACCGCCAUGGAUCCAUGCCAUGGAGCCCGGCAUGCUCAGACACCAGGCCGCCAUGGAACACUUCUAUCACGUGGCACAGAAGGCCUUCGCCCUGGCGUGGCUCCUCUCCCGCAAGCUCAUCCUCCCACGCGUCACCUGCUUCUGCGACCGCUGGUGGGACUCCCUGUCGCACCCGUGCCGCGCGCCCGGCAGCGACCGCGACCCGCCGUUCGUGUGCCCCCUGGACUACCUCAUCUCGCCGCUCUACUGGGGCAGCAACGCCACCGACAUGGUGUAUCGGCCUGCGUCGUUUUUAGAAGACCCGCGCACCAGUGAAGAAAUCAAGGCGUCAAGACGCUAUGUGUCCAUAGACUACCCAGAUGCCUCGUCCCUGCACCACCACAACCAACAACCUCAUCGCCAGCUCCAGCAGCAGCAGCAGCAUCAAGAACACCUAAUGCCGCACCAGCAGCAGCAGCAGCAGCCACCGGACCCGCUGUCAGUAUACGGGGAGCUGCGGCUGCCAAUGAACGCCACAGACAAGGAGGUGCUAGCCGUGCUGGGGCAGCCGCACGUGCAUGAAGUGCGUGUGCUGCACUUACUGCACCCCCACGACACCUUCUGCAGGUUCGUCGGCCAAAGGGACGCAGAGGCUUUUGAUGCGUACACGUGGCAGUUCUUUUCUCAAGACUGGUGCUGCACACCCAACCAUGAGACUCGCACCUUCUCCAUCCCCCCUAUAGUAGACAUCUCUUUCGCAGAGAGGCUGAAGUAG